UGGCGCUGCUGCCUCUGCGGCUCGUGAAGCAGCACAGGCCGCUCGGAGAGAGAGAGCGUGCGAGCAGCGGAGGACGCACGGAGCAGCCCGGAGGAGCGCGAGGAGGUGGAGGAGAGCGAGCACGAGGGACGGACACACGGACAGAGGGGGAGGACUGAGUGACUGACCGCUGAAUGAGGCUGCACCUGUUGUCUCCGGGGGCUUUUCCCAUGUUUUGAUUUUUUCAUUAUUUUUUCUUUCUAAACUGUUUUUGGGGACCUGCUUUUUGCCAUGCCGUCCAAUAGCCCCACUGCCACCGACUCGCCCCAAACGCCAGAGAAUGACACCUCCAAUCAAGCGAGUGAGGACGGGGUAGACCAGGACAGCCCGGAGGAGGGUACCCCAGCCAGCCCUCCUAAUAAACGCCGUGUGGGACGUCCCGGCAGGAAACGCAAACAGCUGCUUCCUGCUGAGAGGCGAGCUUACAGAGAGGCCGAAAUCAGCAUGAUGGACGACUUAUCAGAGGGAGAUUUUCAGAAAGAGGAGGAGCCCCCCAGCCCGGCCCCGCCCCCCUCCCAGCAGCACACAGACCCCGCUUCUCCCACUGUUGCCAUGACACCGGAGCCUGCUGCACGGGGAGACCAGGCCACACCCAGAGAAAUAGAGUACCAGGAUGGCCGUGGCUUUGGCAUUGGCACCCUGGUAUUUGGGAAGCUGCGGGGGUUCUCGUGGUGGCCCGGCCGGAUCGUGUCCUGGUGGGUGAGCGGCAGGAGCAGGGCGGCAGAUGGCACACGCUGGGUCAUGUGGUUCGGCGAUGGCAAGUUCUCAGUGGUCUGUGUGGAGAAGCUUAUGCUGUUCAGCUCCUUCUCCGUUGCCUUCCACCAACCAACCUACAACAAACAAUCCAUGUACCGCAAAGCCAUCUUUGAAGCACUGCAGGUGGCCAGUACCCGGGCAGGCAGGCCUCUACCACAGUGUGACUCCAGUGAUGAAGGAGAAGCCGUGGAGCAGCAGACACGACAGAUGAUCGAAUGGGCCAUGACUGGCUUCUUACCUGGUGGACCACAAUCACUGGAUCCCCCUGAGGAGGAACAAAAUCCAUAUAAGGAGGUGUACCAUGAAAUGUGGGCAGAGCCUGAGGCAGCAUACACACCUCCACCUGCAAAGAAGCCACGCAAAAAUGCAGCAGAGAAGGGGAAGAUCAGAGAGGUCAUCGACGAGGGUACCAGAGAGAGGCUAAUAUUUGAAAUAAAAAAGAAGACAAGAAACAUAGAAGAUAUCUGUAUCUCAUGUGGAAGCCUCAAUGUCUCUUUGGAGCAUCCUCUCUUUAUGGGAGCCAUGUGCCAAGGCUGCAAAAACUCAUUCCUGGAGUGUGCCUAUCAAUACGAUGAUGACGGAUAUCAGUCGUACUGCACCAUCUGCUGUGGAGGCAGGGAAGUGCUUAUGUGCGGCAACAACAACUGCUGCAGGUGUUUCUGUGUAGAGUGUGUGGACUUGCUGGUUGGGGCAGGCUCAGCAGCUGCAGCCAUCCAGGAGGACCCAUGGAACUGCUACAUGUGUGGGCCACGAAGCACCUACGGCCUGCUGCGGCGACGGGACGACUGGCCCUGCAGGCUCCAGCACUUCUUUGCCAACAACCACGAGCAAGACUUUGAACCAGCCAAGUUGUAUCCUCCAGUUGCAGCAGAAAAAAGGCAGCCCAUCCGAGUAUUGUCGCUAUUUGAUGGCAUUGCCACAGGUUUGUUGGUGCUGAAAGACUUGGGGCUCCAGGUGGACAAGUACGUGGCGUCAGAGGUCUGUGAGGACUCCAUCACCGUGGGGAUGGUCCGGCACCAGGGACGCAUCAUGUAUGUCGGGGAUGUCCGCAAUGUAACACGCAAACAUAUCGAAGAGUGGGGACCAUUUGACCUGGUAAUAGGAGGAAGUCCCUGUAAUGACCUGUCAAUAGUCAAUCCUGCACGAAAAGGCCUUUUUGAGGGAACUGGGCGGUUGUUUUUUGAGUUUUACCGACUUCUUCAUGAAGCUCGGCCCAAACCUGGUGACGAGAGGCCUUUCUUCUGGUUGUUUGAAAACGUGGUUGCCAUGGGAGUCAGUGACAAACGGGACAUUUCACGCUUUUUAGAGUGUAAUCCUGUGAUGAUCGAUGCUAAAGAGGUCUCUGCUGCUCACCGUGCUCGAUAUUUCUGGGGAAACCUGCCCGGCAUGUCUAGGCCUCUUACUCCAAUGGUGAAUGACAAGCUGGACCUACAAGAGUGCCUUGAACACGGCCGUACAGCUAAGUUUGAGAAGUUACGUACGAUAACGACACGCUCCAACUCUGUGAAGCAGGGGAAAGAUGAGCAUUUCCCUGUCUACAUGGACAACAAGGAGGACAUCCUGUGGUGUACCGAGAUGGAGAGAGUUUUUGGCUUCCCCGUGCACUACACAGACGUGUCAAACAUGAGUCGUUUGGCCCGGCAGCGGUUGUUGGGGCGCUCCUGGAGUGUCCCCGUCAUCAGGCACCUUUUUGCUCCCCUUAAGGAGUACUUCGCCUGCAACUAGUCCUGACAAGUCUCUCUCAACAAUAAGAAUAUGACAAUAAUAUGACAAGAUGGCAGACAAACACAGCUAGUACAUGAAGGUUGGCUGACACACAAAUAUACACAAAGGACUUCAUCGCAAAAUACUAAACCUUUUAGUCCCCUGGUGCUACUCCUCAGAGCAAAGGCAAUUUAUACACUUACAACUGGUGCAGGACUCCGGUCUUCUCACUCAGCCUGAUGUCUUUUAGAUCUGUGUCCUCCAGGGGGCACCAAACAUACAACUUCCUGUUUUUAAUACCUACAUUAACACAAACUAUUCCAUCUGAACCACUUCCCUGAGUUCUGGUGUAUAGUGACAUGCUACAGUCACUAGUUUUUACUCUGAUGCUGGUCACACACUGACGAUACUCAUAAAAUGGUGCAACUUUUAACUACUAUCUACUUUUAUCUGUUUAUGGUGCUUAAGGGACAAACAGAAUUGUGUUGUUUUAGCCGCUGCAGUUUUAAGUAGAUGACAUAAGAAUUAUAAUCAUGAAAGUUUUGAAGAAAAUAUAAACUUGAAAUUAAUUUAAAGGACCAUUGCUAUUUAAAAUGUUAGGCUUUUAAGUGACAUAAAAACACAGCAGUUUUGUUGUGAGCUUUUUAAUGUGGAAUUUUAUAUUUUUGAGGACAUCUAAAACAGUUUUCUUUUCUUUCUUUUUUUUUCUUUGCAAGACUUGGUUGAAUUUUAUUAUAGUAGCUGCAGGUCUAAACACAUCAGAAGUGUAGAUGAGAGGUGUGUAGACUGCCCUCUGGUGGCUUCCAUAUUUCCUUUUUAGGUUAAAAUUCUUUCUUCCUAAGUAGCAAAACAUGACUAUAAAAUAAGACUCACCAGGCGCACUGGUCUUAGUUACUUGAUGUAAGACAACUAUCUUACAGUUAAUGCAGCUAUAAUGUCAGAUGCCCUGCUGGUUUUCAACUUCCGACGAAUAAAGCAGACAGCCGUGUUUAAACCAUCUAUAUCUUUACACAACUGGCCCGUCCAGUGUCAAAGAACCUGCAAACUUGGUUCUAUUAUCUAUGUGAGUUAAUGUAAACUAAAGCCUUUCCCCCAAAACUAUGGGCCCAAGGUGUGCUUUAAGUAAUACUAAAUUUCUAACAUCAAAUAUAUUUCAGUACAAGUAAACAUUAUUCUAUUACUGGAAUGGUGACAUAAUCUUUUCCUGAAGGGCAGGAGAAUGAUCCAUUCGGCCUUUAGUAAAACCACAAAUGUACUAAAGGUAAAUGCUUUCUAAAUGUCAUAGUAUAAGUGUUAUUUUUCUGGUAGAAAAAUUUAAUAAUUCAUAAGUAUUAGUCAUUUAAACAGGGCUGUCUUUGCGAAACAUCUCUUUAGUCUGGUGCUCUAAGUAACAUGACCCAUUUCCCAGGAAGCCUUCCACAAACCAGCGUCAGAACUGGACACGUACUAUACUUACCACAGUACAACCAGCAGCUUUACUUUAAGAUCUUAUCUUACUGUUUCUACAACCAACCUUCAGGUGCUUUUUCAGCUCUUUUCUACAGUGCUCUUACAGGUUACAAUCACAGGAAUCAAACAUGGUGCAGACUUAUACAAAAGUCACCUAUUAUACUAGUCAUGGCUCAAUGUCUUUCCUAUAGGCUUUUGUGUGGUUGUUACAGCUAAUCAUCUGCCAAUCAAAUUUGUGUAAUUUUGUAUUUAUUUGGCUGAAGUUUUACAUCAGAUGCCCUUCCUGAAAUUAUAGUACAUUGGUUUGUAACGUGGCUCUAACGUGGCUCAGUUUUUGGAUUUUAAAGAAUGAUACAUUUUAUGCUAACUUUAGCCUUACAAAAAAUGUUGAAAUUGAAUACAUUUUCUGUCAGAUUUCCUAACCUCGCACAGUGGCCCAUUUUGUUACAUUCAGAAAAUCACUUUUUGGUGCAAUAUUUAAGUACGCACAAGUACACAGAUGUAAUAAAGCCAUAAAGUAUAAUAGGUGCCUUUUAACUCUUUAACCCUAACACACAUUUGCAUACACACUGUGCUUUCCACCGGCCGCCUGUUGCCACCAGGCCUCUACUCGGUCCACUAGGGGGCGCCACACCUCCUAGGGGCUUUUGGUGCUCCCAGACCCUUCUCCUCACCCUCACCCCUUCUCCAAACCCACCCACCCCGUCCCAGGUGCUGCAUGUCAGUCAGUCAGUGUAAUCUCCAGCUUCAUGAUGUUAGAUUAGGGAGUAAUGAUAAUAAUAAUGGUAAUAAUAACUACAAUAAUAACCUGUUAUUGUGUGUAAGUGUGUGUGCUGUUACAGGUGGGUGCUCUGUUCAGUCUCGGCCUAUAGAUAGAGAGAGAGGCUUGAGAGCGCAUAUUUACAGUUAGUUACCGUAUAGUGACUUGUCUAUUGUGCACAAGGACAAAGGAUGAAAAUGAGCAGAUUCUGAAUGCGCUCAGUUAGGGCAAGCCGAAAUAAUAUUUGCUACAUAAACCAUUUGUCACACCAUACUUAAAUUUCUAUACUACAAUAAUUAGCAAAAAGAUCAGAAAUAAAAAAUAUGUUUCAAUCUGAUGGUAACACCUCUGUUAUGGGCUAUGUAUGGAGGCCCUGGAGGACAUACUUAUACAAGAAUCAUGAAUGUGUUGACAUUUUCAUUAGUUUCUAAGGAGUUCUAUGGUCAAUUUCUUGUCCUAUAGUAAAUGCCAAUGUAAAACAAUAAGUGAAACAAUUUAAAGGACCUAUAUUACACCAUUUUCUGAUCUAUUAUAAUGUUGUUUACUCACCAAAAACAUGCCUGAGUGAGAACAUUAGUUCUUCUCUUAAACAGAAAACAGAACAUCUGUUUUUCCUUGUGAUGUCAUAAAGUGGCAAUUCAGGAAACUGAAAGGUAAAACAUAAAAAUUCUAAAAUAAAAGCAACAACUUAAGGUUGUUCUAGUAUUUCAGAGUAAAUCAGUUCAAUUGAGGCCAAAAAUGUACCUUAAAACUGACUAAUUCACCUUAAAACUAACUCUAAAUGACAUCACAAGGUGAAACUGAGCAUUUUCAACUUUGGGGAUGUAGACAACAUGUGUGAAUGAAACAAAACACAACUCUAGGUAUGUUUUUGAGGAGGUAACAACAUUAUAACAUUUCAAAGCUCACAAGAGUCAUUUUGUGUAAUGCAGUACCUUUAACAGUUAUAGUUACGUACUUACCGUAUAUAAAAUGUAGUUAUAUCACCACUAUUAGUAGCAGAUGUAAUUUCAGCUUCAGCCUAUUUGAGUGCACACAUGGACUCAGACAUAAGAACUGGUGUGGCAUUUGUAUACAGAAGAAUGAUUAGGGUAUGAUGUCUGUUUUAGCCUAUGUACAGCUGUUAGGCUGAAAAAUGCGCUGUUUUUCACUGAUACAUACUCAGACAUAUUUAAAACACUGUCCAUUACAAGUCAACACACACACAACCUACACAAUACAACAAUAGGCGCUCACAUCUCAAAGACUUAAAGGAAGAUGACUUUUUAAGGAAGGGAGGAAAUGGUGGAUGUUUUCAAAAAGGUGCUAAAAUUUUAUCUGAAAAUAAGAAAAAUAUAUUGUUAGGAGUUUUAAAUCAAGUUUGUCUUUACAUGACUGUAUUUAAGUUUGUUGUAGUAAUGAAAAAGGCACUAUUAUUAUUUUACUCUUGUAUGAAUAUGAACUAAUUAAAAGGCAUUUUAACUUUGUACUUGAAACUAUGUAAGAAAUGAAACGUGAAUAAAAAGGACUGUUUCUUGUGA